AUGAUCUUCGCUUUGAAGCUGUGGAGACACUACUUGUACGGUGCGCAUUGCGAGAUAUAUAUGGACCACAAAAGUCUGAAAUACCUGUUUACACAGAAAGAGCUCAACAUGAGGCAACGUCGGUGGCUAGAGUUGUUGAAGGACUAUGAUAUUACUAUACUCUACCAUCCUGGAAAGGCUAAUGUGGUAGCGAAUACACUUAGCAGAAAGUCAACGGAGAACCUCACGUUGUUGAUCACGAAUCAGGUGCCCCUGUGGAAGGAAAUGGGGCGAAUGGAUCUCGAGGUUGUAGCUUCGGAGGUUCCGUCUAUGCUCACGGCUCUCGUUGUCCAACCGACCUUGUUGGAGAAGAUUAAGAGUUUACAAUCCGCAGACUCGAAUCUCCAAAAGGUGCGGCGCGACAUCGAGGGUGGGCGUAGUGGCGAUUUCAGUAUACAUGCCGAUGGUGCUCUUCGAUACCGGAACCGGUGGUGUGUACCGGAAAAAGAAGAGGUCCGGAAGUUAGUUUUGCGGGAAGCGCAUCAGUCUCGCUAUAGUGUUCACCCGGGCGGCACCAAGAUGUACGAAGACUUGAGAGUGCUCUAUUGGUGGCCGGGAAUGAAAGCUGACAUUGGAUGCUAUGUGGCGCAAUAUCUU